AUGCCUCUCGACGCCCAAGCUACAUCCAAGAUCAAGUCUAUUAUAGACAAUGCUUGUGCUGAUCAGACAACGAACAUUCCCGGCACAACAAUUGUAGUUGUCGAUCGCGAUGGCGAAAUAUUCGCUCACUCGACAGGCACACGGGGCUUAGGCACCAAAGAGCCUAUGACUCUUGACAAUAUCUUCUGGAUCGCUUCUUGUACAAAGAUGUUGGCAGGCAUUGCUUGCAUGCAGCUUGUAGAACAAGGAAAGCUAAAGCUCGACGACGGUGAACACACUGAGAAUAUCUUACCGGAGCUAAAAAGCCUCAAAGUUCUGAAACCUGACAGAACCUUUGAAGAGAAGAAGAAUUUGAUCACGUUGCGAAUGCUUUUGACUCACACUGCUGGUUUUGGCUACACAUUCUUCAAUGAACGACUUCGAGAUUGGACUCACCCAGCUGGCGUAGAUGAGUUUUCCGGAAGGAUCGAGGAUAUAAUCUCGCUUCCUCUCCUCUUUCAACCCGGCGAAGGUUGGGAAUAUGGAACGGGCAUCGAUUGGGCCGGCAUGGCUGUCGAACGUCCGUUGGGCAUUACGAACAUGUCCAUGUUCCCCGACGAGUCGAUGCGUUCUAAGCUAGCUUAUAUGCAUCAAAGAGAUCCAGACGGAAAACUUCGCAUUCGGGAUCAUUUGCAGCGCCUUCCUCUGGUCAUUGAUCCAAACAAUGAAUCUGAAGUGUCUUCCAUCUUUAACAGUGGAGGUGCUGGCAUGUUUGCACAACCGCAGCAGUAUGGAAAGGUACUCACAAUGCUUCUCAACGGUGGAGCAUGCCCAAAGACAGGCAAUCGAGUUUUGAAACAAGAAACAAUCGAGCUCAUGUUCAGCAACAGCGUUGAGAAAUUCCCCAACUUUUCUCGUCAAGUUAUUCCUGCUGCAAAGCCCGAUCUUACCAACCGUAUUGAAGAGCUGUACGAGGUCGAAGGCGAUCCUCCUCAGGGCUGGGGAUUGACUUUUAUGCUUACAAAUGGCGGUCCAACUGGAAGGUCGAAGAGCACCGUCCAGUGGGCAGGACUUGCGAAUCUUUGGUGGUGGGCAGAUCGUGAGCACGGUGUUGCUGGGAUCGUGUGUACCCAAAUUCUACCAUUCGCUGAUAGCAAAGUGUUGGAUCUUUGGACGGACGUUGAGACUGAGAUUUAUAAGUCAAUCUUGUAG